UAGUGGAGCUAGUUAUAGAGCUAGAAUGGGUGUCUACGGUCCUGCAAUAGUUGGGUUUAAUCUCCUUCUGCUGAUCUGCUCAACUGUCCUGAUCUACCUGGGUAGCAUGCUCAUCACUUUCUACCUUUUACCAACACUAAGUUUUGUUCACGGAGCUUUCGCCGCAGUUCCUUAUUUAAUAAUAAUAGCCGGAGGAGGAGGUCUUAUCGGAGGUCUUUUAGGAGUAGGAGUAGGAGCUACUGCUUCAAGACCAGGAUUAAUUGUUCAUGCUAUUCUACUCACCCUGGUUUUCAUAACCAUGCUCGCUUCCGUCUUUACAGCUUAUGACCUCAGAUCUAAACUGGAGAAUAAAAUUCUAGAUAAGAUGUCUUAUAAUCUUCAUGACUUUACCACCAACUACUGGAAAUAUCCAGCGGAACGAGAAAACUGGGACGAGUUGCAGAGAAAUUAUCAAUGCUGUGGCUUGCAGCAAAUGAACACAGGAUACAAGGACUGGCAGUCUGGAGCUGUCUCUGGUCAUGUCCCUGCGUCCACCGUACCUGACUCCUGCUGCCUAUAUGAGACUACAGGGUGUGGGAAGGAUAUUGGAGGAAAACUUCAUCCUUAUCUAGAAAUCAACACUCAUGGAUGUCUCGCUAUUCUUGACGGUCGUAUGACACGUGAUAUUGAACCUCUUCUGCUUGGUUAUCUGAUCAGUGGAACCCUGCUCGCCCUCCUUCAGAUGGUUUGCAUUGUCAUGUCCUCCGCGUACUGUGCUGCACUCACACGCAGGGUUCAGCGUGAGAAGGAAAGACUAAUGAUACUGAACCAAGGUGAAAAGCGAAGCUUGUAUCAUUUCACUGACUCCGGAGCUCCCAGCACCAGAGGAAGUAAAUCAAUGGUGGAUGAAGACAGAAUAUCCUCAACUUCUUAUAAUAGAGCCGACUUCAAAGCUACAUUAUACACAGAACCAUCAAAUGAAACGGGAACAUGUAUUUAAUCAAGAGAGAGUGUGCAUGUUAAUCGCUAAUUUAAUGCAAUUGUAUUUAUAGAUUAAAUUCAGGGUGUCGCACUAAACAUGGUAAUUCAGCUCAUCUUUGAUCAACGCGGCUUUUGUUAGUGAACAAAAUAUAAGGAUUAAUGGUCUGAUAUUUUCAUUUCCAUUCCAAUUUUGGAAAGCUCACUAGACAUACGACCAUAUUUAGAUAUAACUCUUGGAUGUUUGUCAAAAAUUCCAAAUCAAAUUCGUUCUCAAUGUUGUCUCUAAUUCCCAUGCUUAAUGGGACAUUGUACAAUAUAUGAUAAACAUGUGCUCAUAUAUUUGAAACCAAGAAAUAUAUAAAGUUGUAUGUUUAUACCAAGCUUUUAAACAGCUUUGAUUCACAUACGAAUGCAAACAAAGUCAAGCUGUCAAUUAACAGAUUCUUUCAAUGUUUACUUGUUAACUUGUAAUUUGAAAAAAAGCUUCUUAGAAAUCAAAACAUAAAUAGAAAGUCGUAUGCUUUGUUUGACUAGUUUUGAGUAAAUUUUCUCAAGAUUAAUUUUUAAUUCAUUCCAAAUCAAUGCCGAGCCCCUUAAAAAUAAAUCCGCUAAAAAACGGACACGUCAUAAUGUACCAAACAGACAAAUGACUUCAGUCACAGCCCUUAACUGUACGACAGAUUGUACAUAAUUAUUUUAUAGUGAAAUUAAAACAAACUGCAGUCUCUGUAAAUAUAUGUAUUACCUAUGGAUCUCGUUUUAAUAAACCGUAAAAUUUCUUAUUAAA